AAUAGUUUUUCCCUUAAUAGCGGAAAGAGAAACACUGGCCAAAAUUCCAAGGGCAGUUGUGUCCUUCAGAAAUAUAAAAGGCUGUAAUAUUACAGCCCUAUCGGUAUGACACAGAGCUCUUCCAACGGCCACACAUGGCCCCCUUCACCUUCAAAACUCUACAGUAUCACCAACAUCCCUCUCCACGUACUCUUUGUAAGUGCCCUUCUUCUCUCUAUCUCUUUAAUUCCCACUCUUUUUCUCACUACGUCACUUUCUCACCUCCCAAACACCCACUUUUUAUGGUUCAAAAUCAUGUUAGUAGUGUACAUGCAAAGUUUUCUACAACACACCAAAGAACUAGAAAAGAUAGUGCUCUUCCCUCCUCUUCUUUUAGAACUAGAGAUGAUAGGGCCAAUAAAAAAUUAGGAAAAGACCUAGUUGGUUCCGCUGUGGAGGAAAACUCUGGAAAGAGGUUUAUUAUUGAUAAAAAUACUAGAAGAAAUCCCAUUUUUAGAAAAAGAAGAGAUGUGGAUUCGGGGAAUUCUUAUUUCAAGUCUAAUGAUGAGAAUUUGGGAAUUAAAUCUUCAAAAACUUUGGACGAUGAGGUAGCGGAUGAAAAAGUAUUGAAUAAGAGUAGCAAUAAGAGAGGUCACUCUAAGAUUAGAGGGAAAAAUAUGCCCAAGGAAAGUACCAAAAAUGAUUUAUCAGAAGUUCCGUGGAGACUUAAGUUGGAUAUGUGCUCAAAGAGAGGGGACGUAAUGGGUGCAAUUCAAUUGUAUGAUAAAGCUCUCAAUGAAGGGAUCAAGUUGGGGCAGUACCAUUAUAAUGUAAUUUUGUAUCUUUGCUCCUCUGCUGCUGUUGGUAUUGUAAAACCUGCUAAAAGUGGGAGUCGGAAUCGAACCUUGGAUACUUUAGGCAUGUCUAAUGAAGUUUUAACUGUGAAUCCUACAGAAUUAUGUGAAUUAAGUGACCAGGACAAUGUAAAUUAUGGGGUUGCAGAAUCAAAAAUUUCUGGUCCAAACUACGAGCAAUUAGUUAAUGCUAGUAGUAGCAGUAAAAUGAUUAAUAAUAUUUUGAGGGAAAAAGAUAGCUUAAGCCAGAAGUCUAAUGGGUAUAUGAAUGCAAAUUCUCAAUUUUCAGAUGAUGAUCAAUCUCCUGAUAAAGGUAAGAGCAGUGGUAACCAAGAUGAUCAUGAAAUUCGCUUAAGCGAAGAUGCCAAGAAGUAUGCACUCCAGAGAGGAUUUGAGAUAUACGAAAAGAUGUGUUUGGAUAAGGUCCCACUUAAUGAAGCUAGCUUGACAGCGGUGGGAAGAAUGGCCAUGUCUAUGGGUAAUGGUGACAUGGCAUUUGAUGUGGUGAAGAAAAUGAAAUCACUAGGGAUAAAUCCCAGACUGCGGUCUUAUGGUCCAGCGCUUACAGUUUUCUGCAGUAACGGAAAUGUCGAUAAAGCAUUUGCUGUUGAAAAGCACAUGUUGGAGCAUGGUGUCUAUCCAGAAGAGCCUGAAUUGGAGGCACUCUUAAGCGUAUCUGUAGCAACCGGUAAAGGUGACAAGGUAUAUUAUUUGUUGCAUAAAUUAAGGACAAGUGUAAGAAAAGUCUCACAAUCUACUGCAGAUAUAAUUGUGCAAUGGUUUAACAACAAAAGAGCAGCUAGACUAGGGAAAACAAAAUGGGACAGGAGAUCAUUGCAGGAAACAAUGCAUAGUAAAGGUGGGGGCUGGCAUGGGCAGGGCUGGUUAGGUAAAGGCAAGUGGAAUGUAUCACAUACCACUAUUAGAGCUGAUGCAGUAUGUGAGUGCUGUGGGGAAAAGUUGGCCAUGAUUGACCUUGAUCCUAUUGAAACAGAGAGUUUUUCUGAAUCAGUUGCAUCUAUUGCUAUUAAGAGAGAGAGAAAUUCAAGCUUCCAAAAAUUUCAAAGAUGGCUUGACUACUAUGGACCUUUUGAAGCAGUGGUAGAUGCUGCAAAUGUUGGUCUUUUCAGCCAGGGGAAAUUCAAACCAUCAAGGGUCAAUGCCAUUGUAAAUGGGAUACGCCAGAUGAUUCCUUCAAAGAAAUGGCCACUUAUUGUUUUGCAUAACAAGCGUCUUACCGGGCCCAAGAUGGAUCAACCAGUAAAUAGAGCAUUGAUUGAGAAGUGGAAAAAUGCUGAUGCACUCUAUGCGACUCCUACUGGAUCCAAUGAUGAUUGGUACUGGUUGUAUGCAGCUAUAAAGUUUAAAUGCUUAAUUGUGACCAAUGAUGAGAUGAGAGAUCAUACAUUUCAGCUUCUAGGAAAUGAUUUCUUCCCCAAAUGGAAAGAAAGGCAUCAAGUUCGAUUUAGUUUUUCUGAAGCCGGUCCAGAGUUUUACAUGCCUCCUCCUUAUUCUGUUGUGAUCCAGGAAUCAGAGAAUGGCAGCUGGCAUAUUCCAAUUGUAUCUGAACAUGAUUAUGAAGCAGAAAGAAUGUGGCUAUGCAUUACACGUGCUAACUUACAUAUAACCAGGCAAAGUUUGGAUAGCAGCUCCAAAGGUGUGCAGCCAUAUGACCCUAAAAAAGAAGCAACAAGGUCAACUACUCCAAAAGAAGUAAAGGCAAAGUCACGUUUAUCUAAUUAUAGCACCUCUGGCAGUACAGAAAAGUCAACUCGAAAUGCAUACAAAAAUCUCACAAAUAUACUUUCAGCAUCCAUGUUUUCAAAUCAUCAGACGAUUCUAUUAAAAAUUGAGGCUGCAGAGAAACUCGGUGGAUGUGUUAUUGAUUUUCAUAUAUGAAGUAAAUGGAUAUCUUCUUAAGGGCCUAAGAGAUGUUGAAUUAGACAAACAAACUAGUUGGAAUCCUUUUGCACAUGAAAACCUUGAGCCGGCUCUCUGUCAAAAUCUAUGAAGCUCUCUUCUGCUGCACAUGUUAGUGUUAGGUGCCAUUCAUUGAGGCCUUUUUUCCACGCUUAGUUUGAAGGUUCAUGACAACUCUUGAGGUCGGUGAUUCAUUUAGCAUUAGGGUGAGAAUUGGCAUGUUCACAAUUUUGUACAUUUUAUAUUGUAAGUUGGUGUGAGAGUUUGUACAUUACCUUACAAUUUCAGCUGAAUGCUCUCCUCAAGAUAUUAGGGGUAUGAAAUUAUUCUCGGGUGUUCCGCAUGCACAUGCCAGGAUGUUAGAUGCUCCUAAAGAUUAUAGAACGUCCAAAUAAAAAGCCUUUUAAAAAUAGCUUGUUUCUUGUCAUGUUUUAAACAGUUCUGGUAUUCACAUGUAUUACAUCAUGCUAUGUCUUUAUUUAAUCACUCAGGUAGAAUCCCUGUGGCUUUGAA